AAGAUGGCCGAUAGCGUGUUGCUCUCGGGAUUGUUCGGCAUCGUCGUGUAGCGUGUAGCUUUUUCGCGGGCAAUUGCAGGUUCCCGCGUGAAUUUUUGACAGCGCGCGCGUGUAAUGGCACGCGUGGGAGCGAAUCCGGCGAUAACGUGAAGCUUUGUAAAGAUAGUGAUCUUCUUACUUGAAUAAACUGGAAUCCUUCGAGCAUAAUAAUAUGGCGAGCCCCUCGCCCCAGUCAUCGCCUAUGCCACCUCCGCAAGCCCCUAGUCCGAUGGGCCCUCCGCAACAGGCACCCUCUCCGUCUGCGCAAGGCAGUCCAAUGGGACCACCACAGCAUCAUCCUCACAGUCCAACACAGGGUUAUCAAGGUGGUCCACAGAUACCCUCAGGAGGACCACCUAUGUCGCAACCGCCACAACAGCCUCCACCUCAGCAACAGAAUUAUCCGCCUCAUCCACAGCAAAUGCCACCUAAUAUGGGUCCACAGAAUCAAGGUCCAGUCGGGCAAGUACCUACUUCUCAGCAGGGUCCCGGAGGACCAAUGGUGCCCGGUCAAAUGGGCCCGAACGGACCACAAAGCGGAUCACACAUGAUGCAAGCUGGUCCGAAUCAAAUGGGUUCUAAUGGACCUGGACAGAUGGGUCCCGGUGGACCCGGACAAAUGGGACCUGGUGGACCUGGUCAAUUGGGUCCUGCAGGUCCUGGACAGAUGGGACCGGGUGGCCCCGGACAAAUGGGUCCAGGAGGUCCUGGGCAAAUGGGUCCGUCUCACAUGGUACAAGGUGGAGGUCCUCCCAGUGGUCCUCAUAUGGGACAGAGUGGACCAGGGCAAAUGGGUCCAGGUAGCGGACAGAUGGGCACCGGAGGCCCUCAAAGCUCGCAGAUGGGAGGCUCUGGGCCAGGGCAUAUGGGUGGACCUCCAAGUCAUAUGAACGCAAGCGGCCCACCAGGUCAUAUGACUACCGGCGGUCCGCCCGGACCGGGACACAUGAGCGGUGCAGGACCUCCAGUAUCAGGACAUAUGAACGCCAGCGGACCUGGAUCAGGACACAUGAAUGCUAGCGGUCCUUCUGGACCGGGUCACAUGAACACUAGUGGACCUCCUGGAUCGGGUGGUCAUAUGAAUGUCGGUCCUCCAAUUCCAAGUCAUAUGAACGCGAGCGGUCCGCCAGUGUCCGCGCAUAUGAAUGCAAGUGGCCCAGGAAGUCACAUGGGUCCAGGUGCUCCUGGUCAGAUGUCCGCGAGUGGUCCCGCUGGUCACAAUAUAGGUCCAGGUGGUCCGAAUCAAAUGGGUCCGGGUGGUCCGAAUCAGAUGAUACCUAUCAGCCAAGCGCAAAUGGGGCCUAGCGGACCGAUGGGUCCCGUAGUAUCGACAGGACAAAUUGGGCCAAAUGGACCUGGACAAAUGGGUCAUAAUGGACCGUCGCAGAUGGGCCCGAACGGACUUACGCAGAUGAGUAUGAGCGGACCACCUGGACAGAUGAGUAUGAAUGCACCAGGCGGACAGAUGGGACCUGGUGGACCAGGUAAUCAAAUGGGACCUGCCACACCAGGCAACCAAAUUGUACCAGGUGCGCCAAAUAAUCAAAUGGGACCUGGCGGUCCAGGUGUACAAAUGGGAUCAGGAGGUGGUCCUGUCAGUCAAAUGGGACCGAAUAGUCUUGGUCAGAUGGGUCCGGGAAGUAGUCCAGGAAACGUGCCAAUGACAAAUAGUGGACCGGUAUCUAUGGGUCCGACGAGUGGACCUAAUGGACCUACCAGCGUAGGUGUAGCCAGUGGACCUGGUGGACAAAUAACUUCAAACAGCGGUCCCGGAGGACAAUUGGGCGCAACUGGCCCUGGAAGCGGUUCUGGAGGACAGAUGGGAUUAGGAAACGGUCCCGGUGUGCAAAUGAAUGCCGGUAGCGGACCAGGCCAAAUGACACCCGGAAGUGGUCCCGGAGGGCAAAUGGGACCAGGCAGCGGACAAAUGGGACAUGCCGGUAAUGUGCCCGGAAGUCAAAUGGGACCAGGAAGCGGACCUGGUGGACAGAUGGGACCAGGAAGCAGCCCCGCUGGUCAAAUGGGACCAGGAGGACAAAUUCCAUCUGGUCAAGGACAAAUGAUGCAAGGAGGUCCGGGUGCUCAAAUGGGUCCGAAUGCUCCUAGCAAUCAAAUGGGGCCUGGCGGACUGAAUAGUCAAAUGGGACCAUGCGGUCCAAAUAAUCAAAUCAGUCAUAUAAACGUGAGUGGACAAAUGGGUCCAAACGGUCCGACCAAUCAACCUCCUACCACGCAAAUAGGUCCCGGUAAUCAAAAUCAAGGUCAAGUUCUUGGUACCACGGCACCAAUAGGAUCAGGUGCUCCGGUAAAUCAGAUGAGUCAAACUGGGAGUGGACAAAUUGGCCCUACUGGACCUUCAGGACCUCCAGGACAAGAGAAUCUGAAUGCGCUUCAAAAAGCGAUUGAUUCUAUGGAAGAAAAGGGACUACAAGAAGAUCCACGGUAUUCUCAAUUGUUAGCUUUAAGAGCUCGUCAAGGCAGUGGCAUUGAGAAACAACCCUUUAGUUCAUCGCAAUUACAGCAAUUACGAGCUCAAAUAAUGGCAUACAGAUUUCUGGCAAGAAAUCAGCCAGUACCUCAACAAGUUGCAGUAGCUGCGCAGGGUGGCGCUCCUCCUCCUCCAGGGAUGGGUCAACGCCCUAUAGAUCCGUCUCAAGGCCCUGCUACAACAGCUGGGCCACAAAUACCAGGUCCGAAUGUUAUUGGUCCCGCAGGUCCUACUCCUAGACCCGGUUGCCAAACGCCGCAACAGCAACAGCAGCAACCUCAGCCUGGCACUAAAACCAACAGAGUGACGAGCGUGGCAAAACCCGUUGGAUUAGAUCCAUUGUUAAUAUUGCAAGAACGAGAAAACAGAGUAGCAGCUCGUAUAUCGCUUAGAAUGGAGCAACUUAGCAAUCUACCAACAAAUAUGCCAGAAGAUCUUCGUAUACAAGCUCAAAUCGAACUGCGUAUGCUUAGAGUACUGAAUUUCCAAAGGCAAUUAAGAACAGAGAUAAUAGCGUGUACCCGAAAAGACACUACCUUAGAAACCGCAGUGAAUGUGAAAGCUUAUAAACGUACGAAACGGCAAGGAUUGCGCGAAGCUAGAGCCACCGAGAAAUUAGAGAAGCAACAGAAAUUGGAAGCAGAACGUAAACGAAGACAAAAACAUCAAGAAUUUCUUAGUUCCGUGCUGCAACAUGGCAAAGAUUUCAAAGAAUUCCAUCGCAACAAUGUCGCAAAGUUGGCUAGACUUAACAAGGCAGUGCUCAAUUAUCAUGCAAAUGCUGAACGGGAACAGAAGAAAGAACAGGAACGCAUUGAGAAGGAGCGUAUGCGUCGCCUUAUGGCGGAAGAUGAAGAGGGGUAUAGAAAAUUAAUUGAUCAGAAGAAAGAUAAACGUUUAGCUUUCUUGCUAUCUCAAACGGACGAGUAUAUCAGCAAUCUCACGGAAAUGGUUAAACAACACAAAAUAGAGCAAAAGAGGAAACAAGUUGAGGAACAAAAGCGUAAGAAGCAAAAGAAGAAAAAACUACAAGAUGGUGAGAAUGCUGAAGACGGUAAUGCCAAUGAUGAUACUCGUGUCGGAGUAAUAGAUACAGCCACAGGUCGCACAUUAACAGGCGAUGAAGCACCAUUGAUGAGUCAAUUGUCAGCCUUCUUGGAGGCACAUCCUGGAUGGGAACCAAUUGAAUCAGAAAGUGAAGAUGAUGAAGAAGAUGAUGAAGAUGAGAGUGAGGAUAAAUCUGAUAGUAAGUUUUUCAUUCUUGGAAACUUCUUUCACAUAUUUUUUGCUAACUUUAUUUAUGAAAUGCGAAUUAUAGGCAAGGAUAAGUCUACGGGUGAUUCUGAAGAAGAAAAAGUAAAAAAGACAAUACACAAGGCAAAGGUGGAAGAUGAUGAAUAUAAAACAGAGGAACAGACAUACUACAGUAUUGCUCAUACUGUGCACGAAGUAGUUACGGAACAAGCAAGUAUUAUGGUGAAUGGAAAACUAAAAGAAUAUCAAAUCAAGGGAUUGGAAUGGUUAGUUUCGCUAUUUAAUAAUAAUUUAAAUGGCAUUUUGGCAGACGAGAUGGGUCUCGGUAAAACAAUUCAGACCAUUGCUCUGGUAACAUAUCUUAUGGAAAAGAAGAAAGUCAAUGGUCCAUUCCUUAUCAUUGUUCCAUUAUCAACGUUAUCGAAUUGGGUUCUCGAAUUUGAAAAGUGGGCACCGAGUGUUGUCGUGGUGUCGUAUAAAGGUUCUCCGGCUGGCAGAAGAGCUAUACAAUCUCAGAUGCGAGCCACAAAAUUUAAUGUUCUAUUAACAACUUAUGAAUAUGUUAUAAAAGAUAAGGGUGUAUUAGCGAAAUUGCAAUGGAAAUAUAUGAUUAUCGACGAAGGACAUAGGAUGAAGAAUCAUCAUUGCAAACUUACUCAAGUGUUAAAUACGCAUUACUUAGCCCCUCAUCGAUUGUUAUUAACCGGCACACCAUUGCAAAACAAACUGCCAGAACUGUGGGCUCUUUUGAAUUUCUUAUUACCUUCGAUCUUCAAAUCCUGCAGUACGUUCGAGCAAUGGUUCAAUGCUCCUUUCGCGACCACCGGCGAGAAGGUGGAACUCAAUGAAGAGGAAACUAUUUUGAUUAUUCGCCGUUUGCACAAAGUCUUGCGACCUUUCUUGUUAAGACGCUUGAAGAAAGAGGUAGAGUCACAGUUACCCGAUAAAGUGGAAUACAUCAUCAAAUGUGACAUGUCUGGCUUACAAAAAGUUCUUUACAAACAUAUGCAGAGUAAAGGUGUAUUGCUAACCGACGGAUCGGAAAAGGGAAAACAAGGAAAGGGCGGUGCCAAGGCUCUUAUGAAUACAAUCGUACAGCUGAGAAAAUUAUGCAAUCAUCCAUUUAUGUUUCAAGCUAUUGAAGAGAAAUAUUGCGAACACGUAGGCACACAAGGCUCUGGUGUUAUUACUGGCCCCGAUUUAUACCGUGCAUCUGGAAAAUUCGAACUUCUCGAUCGUAUUCUUCCCAAACUGAAGGCUACGAAUCAUAGAGUAUUACUGUUUUGUCAAAUGACUCAAUUAAUGACAAUUAUGGAAGAUUAUCUGAGUUGGCGUGGAUUUAUGUAUCUGCGACUGGACGGCACAACAAAGGCAGAGGACAGAGGAGAUCUGUUAAAAAAAUUCAACGAUCCCGGAUCGGAAUACUUUCUUUUCUUAUUAUCUACACGUGCAGGUGGUCUAGGUUUGAAUCUUCAAGCUGCCGAUACAGUCAUCAUCUUCGAUUCCGAUUGGAAUCCACAUCAGGAUUUGCAAGCUCAAGACAGAGCGCACAGAAUUGGACAGAAGAACGAAGUGCGCGUGCUCCGAUUAAUGACUGUCAAUUCUGUCGAAGAGCGAAUAUUAGCAGCGGCCAGAUAUAAGUUAAAUAUGGACGAGAAAGUUAUUCAAGCUGGUAUGUUCGAUCAGAAGUCCACCGGAUCGGAACGACAGCAGUUCCUUCAGAGUAUUUUACAUCAAGAUGACGCUGAUGAUGAAGAGGAAAACGAAGUGCCCGACGACGAGACAGUGAAUCAAAUGAUCGCUAGGACGGAAGGUGAAUUCGAGAUAUUCCAGAAAUUAGAUUUGGAACGACGACGCGAGGAGGCCAAAUUGGGUCCAAAUCGCAAAUCACGGUUAUUGGAGGAAGCUGAGCUGCCUGAUUGGCUAGUGAAGGAUGACGACGAGGUUGAAAGAUGGACCUACGAAGAAGAUGAAGACAGAUUUCUCGGAAGAGGUUCGAGGCAACGUAAAGAAGUUGAUUAUACGGACAGUUUAACCGAAAAAGAAUGGUUGAAGGCGAUCGAUGAUGAUGGCGCCGAGUACGAAGAAGAAGAGGAAGACGAUAAAAAGAAGAAAAAAACCCGAAAACGAAAAAAGAAAGGCGAGGAGGACGACGAGCCUAUGCCGAAGAAACGAAGAGGAGGCAGUUCUUUGGUCGAUCCUAAAAUGAAACGAGCUAUGAAGAAAUUAAUUACCUUGGUCGUUAAUUAUACAGAUAGCAGUGAUGGCCGAUUAUUGAGUGAACCUUUUAUGAAAUUACCCUCUCGAAGAGAAUUACCGGAUUAUUACGAAAUCAUUAAGAAACCUUUGACUAUUAAUAAAUUGUUACAAAAAAUCGAGGAAGGCAAAUAUGCUGAUUUAGACGAGCUUGAGAAGGAUUUUAUGCAACUUUGUAAGAAUGCUCAAAUUUAUAACGAAGAAGCAUCUUUGAUUCACGAAGAUUCAAUAGUAUUGCAAUCCGUUUUUACAAAUGCACGUCAGCGCCUUGAGGAGGAGGGUAAUAAUUCCGACGGAGAUGAUAAAGAUGGCGAAGAAGGCUCAGACGCAGAUUCUAGUGUAAGAAUGAAAAUUAAACUUAAAGGAAGAAAAGGCGAGGGAAGAGGCGGUCGUAGAAAGAGAGUUACUAAGAAGUAUAUAUCCGACGAUGACGAUGACGCGGAUGAUAAUUAAAAAAUAUAACUUUUUAAGAACCGACGACGAGAAAUAUAUAAGUAAAGUAGUUUAAGUAUUUACUUGGAAUUAUAUUUAAAAUUUCGUUAUAAUAUGUUAAUAUAAUAAAAUCUUUUAAAAGUACAAUCACAAGGAAUGUGACCUAUAGCAGAGAAAAAUAUUGCUAUAUCAUUUAGGCAGGUAUAAAACGGUACGCGCUGUACCAUUGUAAACUUUUAAUUAGUAAAACUCGUGAUAGAUAACGUGAAUAUUAUUAUAAAUCUAUAUAUGUAGAGAGAUCUGGGUACACAAACAUUAACUGUAUUACUUUAUUUGAGUUUGCGAAUAGCAAAUAGCUACAGUACUACUGUACAGAAGAAAGAUUAGCUGUUUAAGAUUUACUUCAGAUAUUCUUGUUUUAAUUUCUUACUGCUUUUGCGAUAUGUGAAGUUGAAUCAAGUAUUAUAUUUGAUCGCUAAAAUAUUUUGAAUUUUAAUUCUUUAUAUCAUUAUUAGAAAUAGCGCAUCGAUAAUACAUUGCUUAAAUACAUUGCUCUCUGUGUAUCUCGUCGGAAUAAAUUAUAAUUAUAUCAAAUUUCUAUAAAUGAUCGGAGAUAUACAGCAUGUAAAGAGGAAAUCUUCAAGUUGCUAAAAAAAAAUAUAUAUAUAUAAUAUCGUAUAAUAUUACAUUUUGUGAAUAUUUGUGAUGCAGUUGGAACUGUGUGGAUACAUUGAAAUGUUAUCCAUUAUUAUUAAUAUUUGGCCAAUAAUAUAUGAGGAUUGACAUUACCAUCGAUUAUUAUUAUUAUUUUUAUUAUUAUUAUUAUUAUUGCCACAGUUUCUAUAUUUUAAUGUUUAAAGAUUUAUACAUAAAUCGGUUAUUAUACAAAAUAUGCCAAAGACUUCCCGUGAUAUUAAUUAAUGGCAAAUUUUUUUCUAUUGGGACAAAAAUCUAAUUAAUCAAUUUUAAAUAUUUUUCACUUAAAAAUUAUAAUAUUGAAUAAAAAAAAUCUGUUUUCUUUUUAUCGGAAGGAACUCGUUUCAACCCAAUAGUUUUGACAUUUGAUAAUAGAAUUUUUAAACAAAGUGUUGUAGUCUUUUCAUAAAAAAAUCAAACUCGUGUAUCUCGUUUAUAGAAUUUUAUAUUUCUUUAAUUAAACACUGCAGAAAACAAAUUUCUUGACUUUUACUAUAUACUAAUUACAUGAGCAAGCACUCAUACUGUAUUACUCUGGCAAGUAACACUGAUGAGGAAUUUUAUCAUAAGCAAUUUGAUUUGCAAGACAUCUGUCGAAACUUUAUUCGACAAAACAGCUAUUAUAUUGAAUUAUCCGGAAAUGGUUAAUCAUCUGAAUCAUCAAGAAUCGUAAUGACUAUCACGGUGAUUUUGUACAAUUCUCGCGUAACGAUGAUUUUAAAUAUUGUACUUUAAUUAUGAGUGAUCAUGCUUCUGAUAUACAGUAUUCGUCAUUGAUGAAUAUAUAUAUAUACACCAUAGCAGAAUAUAUGAAUAUCAUGUGAUAUAUUUGUAUUAGAAUUUCAACUUUUGAUUUUUUAUAUAUAUAUAUAUAUAUAUAUAUAUAUAUAUAUAUAUAUAUAUAUAUAUAUAUAUAUUAGAGAUUAAAUAUACUUAGUCAUUGCAUUGGCACGUAAUGAAUUUAUUAUUUUCUUCAGAUUUAUAGCGUGUGAUAACGGAAUGUAUAAUUCUAUGUGCGCAAGGGUAAUAUAAUGCGCAAAGGUAAUAUAAUUAAAAGUAUUGGUAAAAAUAAAUUACAAUAUACUAAACCAACUGCGUUAAGUACGAAUAAUGUGAGAAUAUUUAACAGAGUUACAUAAAAAAGCGAACAAAAUCUUACAAGUAUCAUUUUGAGAUCUUCAUUAUAAUUUUCCUAUGUGAAAUUAUUUUCUCGAAAUAAAAAAAAAAAAAUUCUUUGCACUUGA